CAGCCUCCUUCAGUCAGCACUGAAUAGGACAGCAGCUCACCGCCUCCGUUUGCAGAGAGGAGAUUAGCUCUGAUAAUCGAAGAAACAGGAUGUUGGACAACGAGGAUCAUCGCUUAGAGAACCACCCGCGGGAGCUUACCCAGAACCCGCUGAAGAAGAUCUGGAUGCCGCAUAAAAACGGGCACAUUGCGCACAGACGGGUUUGCAUGACAAACUGCCCAACGCUCAUCGUGACUGUGGGACUUCCUGCCCGUGGAAAGACGUACAUUUCCAAAAAGCUCACCCGCUACUUGAACUGGAUAGGUGUGCCAACCAAAGAGUUCAACGUUGGGGAUUAUCGGAGAGAGUGUCUGAAGAUCUACAAGUCCUUUGAGUUUUUCCGUCCAGAUAAUGAAGAGGGCGUUAAAAUCAGACGUCAGUGUGCAAUGUCGGCGCUGAACGAUGUGCGGCAGUACCUAAGCGUUGAAGGAGGACAGGUUGCUGUGUUUGAUGCCACAAACACGACCAGGGAAAGAAGAGGAACCAUUAUGAAGUUUGCUGAACAGAACGGUUUCAAAGUGUUUUUUGUGGAAUCUGUGUGUGAAGACCCAGAGGUCAUUGCACAGAAUAUCGUGCAAGUGAAGCUGGGAAACCCAGACUACAUUAACUGCAGUUCAGAGGAGGCCAUCGAAGACUUCAUGGAGAGAAUAAAGUGUUACGAGACCUCCUACCAGCCUCUGGAUGAAGAUCUGGACAGCGACGUGUCUUACAUAAAGAUCAUGGAUGUGGGCCGUCGGUACAUGGUGAACCGUGUUGUUGACCACAUCCAGAGCCGAAUCGUCUACUACCUGAUGAAUAUCCACAUCACUCCACGCUCCAUCUACCUCUGUCGCCAUGGUGAGAGUGACCUUAACAUCAAGGGACGCAUUGGAGGAGACUCUGGCUUGUCUUCCAGGGGAAAAGAGUUUGCUAAACACUUGAGGAAUUUCCUUGAGGAGCAGAACAUUAAGGAUUUGAAGGUUUGGACCAGCCAGAUGAAGAGAACCAUCCAGACAGCAGAGUGCCUUGGAGUUUCAUAUGAACAAUGGAAAUCUCUCAAUGAGAUUGAUGCUGGUGUGUGUGAAGAAAUGAUGUACGAGGAGAUCCAGGAGCAUUUCCCUCUGGAGUUUGCAAUGAGAGACCAGGACAAAUACCGCUACCGCUAUCCAAAAGGAGAGUCAUAUGAGGACCUGGUGCAGCGGCUGGAGCCUGUGAUCAUGGAGCUGGAGAGACAGGAGAAUGUUCUGGUCAUUUGUCACCAGGCCGUCAUGCGAUGCUUGCUGGCAUAUUUCCUGGACAAGACUUCACAUGAGUUGCCCUACCUCAAGUGUCCUCUGCACACUGUGCUGAAGUUGACACCAGUUGCUUAUGGAUGUAAAGUGGAGUCAGUGUAUCUAGGCGUGGAGUCUGUUAACACUCACAGAGACAGGCCAGAGAACGUGAAUGUGCAGCGCAGCACUGAAGAUGCUCUACAGACUGUUCCAGCUCACCUCUAA